UAACGUUCCGGCAACUUCUGAUUAAGGGAACCAGAACCACUGUCAAAAAAAUUUAUGCAAACUUGCCUGCAAAGUAACAGGUGGCUCCAUCGCAGAAUUGACGACGACGAUGGUCAACAACAGGCGUGACGAGCUGCAGCAACCCUUUUUAAACCGCUGGUAUUCAGUCAACUCGAGUGUGGAGGCUCUCCGAGAGCAGCCAAGAGCCUCUUCACUAGAGCCUCUAGAACUAGCCUCAGACGAAGGCAACCAACCUUUCAGGGUUUUGUAGAUUCUCCACAGUGCGAAAGCAUGUCGCCGCCAUCGAACUACAAUGGAACACGGCGGGUUGAAUUCUCUGGUCUACCGACCAUUGAUUCUGGGGCGCCCGAAGAGCAGCAAACGCCGCAUUGGGACUCUGAGACAGACCAUCUGCUAUCGUACUUUCUAGGAGAUCCUAAUGGGCAUAGUACACCUGGUCAAUCCUACCAGGAUUUUUCGUCGGCACCGAAUCCAUCGAAUGCUGACAUGAACCCACCGUUAGGAAUGAAUGCUAGCUACGGUCCUGGCUCUUCGAGGACAAGUUCCAAUUCCACUCUCACAGAUGCGGCAGACCCUCAACAGCCAAGAACCCCGGCUAUGCAAUUCUAUCAUCCAUCUCACAGUUCAUCUCAUUCUUCGCAACAACAACAUCAACCACCGCAACCGAUUGGUUACGCACGCCACACCGUAGACAACAUUGCUUCAAUGCAAGCAGCAGCCCAACAAGCACAGCAAGGCCAAAGUCAACUCGUUUCAUCCAGUUCCUCUUCAUCUCUUUCCUCACUCGCGGUCACCCUUGUGUCUGGUGGUCCUGUCCUGCACCAUCAGAUGCAUCAUACCGGUAGGCAUCACAGUCACGCCCCAACAACCGCGGGCACUAGCACGUCAGGAUCCACAUCUGAGCGACCGGGAAGCGCAAAUAGUGGCAAGAUACGGGCUAGUAAUAGUGAUUCGCCCCCGGGGCAUGGAGAUGAUUCACCCAUCUCCCCUGCGGCUAUGAUUGGGACAGCGCAGGAGAAUCUGAUGCUGCCCCCACCGUCAAGAAAUGUCCCACCUGGCACAGGUAGUCGCGGCCCAGCACCACGGCAGGCAAAUCAGAUUUCUUCGCAGUCAUCUUCCCAACAGCAAAGGAGAAAAGAUGGACCAAGCACACAACAACCACCUCCACCGCAACAGGCUUAUCCCAUUGUCUAUCCGGGUCAAAGUCAACCCGUGGCUGCAGUAGAUCACGGCAAUAAGGAUUCGCAUUUGGAAUGGCUGAACCAACUGAAUGCCAGGGCCAAGGCUGCCAAUCAGAAUCAAAGGACAAACCAACCCGCUAACACUACAAUCCUACCUCCGGGAACUCUAGUCAGCAUUCAGCAUCAGGCACCACCAGUGGCACAACAUCCGACCGCUAUUCCCGUACCAGCGGCCGCCGGAACACAUGUCUUUCAUGCAGGGACGUUUCCUACCGCCGCUGCGGCGGCCGCUGCUGUAGCACAGAACCCAAUGCUGUACCAGGCAGCUUUGAAUCACAAGUUCCAUUUGGCCGCCACUUCGCAGGGAGAAUCCGAAGAGAAACGAGCUAGACGGCUAGAACGUAAUCGAGAAAGCGCUCGCAAAAGUCGUCGGCGAAAAAAGGAACGACUGGCCACUUUGGCGGCGCAGGUAGAUAAGUUGCAUACGAAGAUCGAAGAUGAGCGGAAGAACCAGGUCAACGCUAUGUGCUCUACUCUCAAGCAAGUUCGACACGAUGAAAUGGUUAAGCUCAUGGAAGAAGUGAAAGAAAACAUGGAGCAGCUGAAUCAGGACCCGGCCAUCCAGCAGAGGCUUGCGACAAUCUUGCGCAGUUCCUGUGGAGGCAGUCAAAUUGCGCAGGCAACGGUUGAGUUCCAAUACAAUACUUUGAAGCAGGUAUUGCUUCCACGGUACCAGAAAUUCCUUUUGUGGCUUACACUGCACAACGACGGGUUCUUCACGGCUGGAAAGGACGAAUACACGCGAAGGGAUGGAAAGCAGAUCCUCCGAGUGUCUUCUGGCAGAGUCAGCUCCAAACAGAUCGGCGAUGAGUUGACGAACGGUUGGAAAACAGAAAAGUCGGACAGCAAGAAGAAGGGCAAGAGCGACAGUCAAGAUAUUGCAGAGAGGUCCAAUCCCACUUCUCGUGCGCUGGAUGCUCCCCGCAUGUGGCCUUUGCUCUGCUUUGAACUUAGUAUUAGCGUUGACCAGGAAGAGCGUCUCAUGCAAGCAUUGAAGCGUCUCCAACAAAUGGAGAACUUGGCGGACUAUCGAUCGCAGCUAGCUGCCGCCACAAAGAUGACCUCUAGUUUGACUGAUGCUAUUAUUUCGACGCAGUGCCAGAUUGCAUCUGCUCGGGAGGAAAAGUCCUUCUUGGAUGUGCUUUCUCCAGAGCAGACGAUCAAGUUUCACGAAUGGAAGGCUGCGAAUCAGGAGCGAUCUGCCAGGUUUAUUCGCGAGAAGCGACCGGCUCCUGAGAAGUGCUACCCUGUCUUCAAGGAAACAUCUCUCGUUGAGUUUUGCAAGAGAUUGGAAGAGGUGUUGCGAAUCUCGAACAAAAAACAGGACGAAAAGAUGGAGAUGUGAAAGGAAAAUAGGAGGCGAAAUUGUAUAUACGAAACAUCAUAGAUUGAACAAAGAUACCCGGCGGCCGAGAAUGUGUAGUUCUAAUAAAAUAGAUUUGGCUGGACCCGCACAUUUGGCAUCACCUCGUUCCGGCAAUGAGGGAACGGCGGAAUUUCAGAGA